UGGAGUCGAGGUACAAGAGUCGGGGAAGGCCAAGUCUAGUGAAGGGGAUUGUGUUUUUUCUUUUCUUUUCUUUUCAUUUUCCAGUGUGGGUCAUAUCUUAAACGGAACAAGAAAACAGAAAAAAUCAACAAAUUAAAAGCUCUCAUAUGGUAAUGGAAAUAUAUUUCAUCUUCUCCGUCUAGCUACGGCCGUCAGACGCUGAGACACCUCCUCUUGCUCUUGUCAAAUGCUUCUCUUCCCAAGCUUCUAUCAACAGCAAGAGAACAAAGCCUUCUUCUUCUUCUUCUUCUUCUUCUUCUUCUUCUUCUUCGUACAAUGAAGAAAAGGAAAAGAGAAAACAGCCACAGCAUCAGCGCUUUUGUCUAUCGGAUUUUCCUUAUUACUUGGCGGCGCCACCACUCGUUUCCUCUCUUGUACGCCUUCUCGUGUUGCCUCCUCCUUCUCUUCGUUGCUUUUUCUCUCCCCUUGUCGCCUCAUCCUGUCAACCACUACCACUAUUCAAUUUCUGAAGAAGCAGUCAGCGUAAACUCGAGUUCCGAUAAAACGAAGGCGUUUUAUGUUUCGGAAGGUGAAGAGACUACAGCGCAUGAUAUUUGGAGCUCGAGAUUAUCGAAGUUCUACUAUGGUUGCAGCAAAGCCAGCGAUCGGUUUCUAACUGCUGAGAUGAAAACGCAUGGCAAUCGGUACUUGUUGAUUGCUACCAGUGGAGGUUUAAAUCAACAAAGGACAGGGAUAACAGAUGCUGUUGUUGUAGCUUAUAUUUUGAAUGCUACUCUUGUUGUCCCAAAGCUGGAUCAGAAAUCGUUUUGGAAAGAUACUAGUGAUUUCUCUGAAAUUUUUGAUGUUGAUUGGUUCAUUUCAUUCCUCUCAAAAGAUGUUAAAAUCAUCAAACAGCUCCCAAUGAAGGGAGGAAGAGUUUUGACUCCUUACCGCAUGCGUGUCCCUAGGAAGUGCACUCCAAAAUGCUAUGAGAAUCGUGUUUUACCUAUUUUUAAGAAGAAGCAUGCUAUUCAGCUUGGGAAAUUUGAUUAUAGACUAUCAAAUAAGGUGGACAUGGAUUUACAAAAGCUGAGGUGCAGAGUCAAUUACCAUGCUUUAAAAUUUACUGAUCCUAUUCUUGAAAUGGGUAAAAAGUUGGUUGAGAGAAUGAGAAUGAAAAACAAUCACUUCAUCGCCUUGCACUUGAGGUUUGAAGCAGAUAUGCUUGCUUUUUCUGGAUGUUAUUAUGGUGGUGGAGAAAAAGAAUGGAUAGAACUUGGUGCAAUUAGGAAGAGGUGGUCAAGUUUACAUCAAAAGAACCCUGACAAAGAGCGGAGACAAGGAAGAUGCCCACUAACACCAGAGGAAGUUGGUCUGCUGCUGAGAUCAUUGGGUUUCAGAAGUGACAUUCACAUAUAUGUGGCAUCAGGUGAAGUGUAUGGUGGUGAAGAGACAUUACGACCACUCAAGGCUUUAUUUCCCAAUUUUCAUUCAAAAGAGACUUUAGCCAGCAAGGAAGAGUUGGCACCGUUUUCUUCAUUUUCUUCUCGCAUGGCUGCAUUAGAUUUCAUUGUUUGUGAUGAAAGCGAUGUUUUUGUCACCAACAAUAAUGGAAACAUGGCUAGAAUGCUAGCUGGUAGAAGGAGAUAUUUUGGACACAAGCCAACAAUUCGGCCAAAUGCUAAAAAACUCUACAGAUUGUUCUUGAAUCGACAUAAUACGACAUGGGAAGAAUUUGCCUCCAAGGUUCAUACUUAUCAAAUUGGCUUCAUGGGAGAGCCAAAUGAGGUGAAGCCUGGCAGGGGUGAGUUUCAUGAGAACCCAUCAUCCUGCAUCUGUGAGGAUUCCGAUGCAAAAUCUGGGGGAAAUCCAAGUCCUCAUAGUCACGCGAAUGAGGACCAGGAACAGAACAACUCAAGAAAUAUUGCUAGUGAUGCUACUGAUGAGCUCUUAGCAGAGGAUGACUAUAAGCAGGAUUGGUCAGAUAUGGAUUAUGUGGAGAACAGAAUUGGCGCUCAAGGAAAUGGAAGUUUGUACAAAAGUACCUUAAUAAAGACUGAUCAACCAGAGUUGGAGGAAUUGUUCUCCGACUGAGACUGUUUUCUCAUGUACAGGACUUGAUAUUCUUGGCCAAUUUUUUAUCUGAUUCUUUGGACCUUCAUUUCGGC